AUGUCGAGUUGGGAUCUGCUCGACGAGCGGAGUGAGACGGAACUUCACAAAGCCCGUCUCCUUAACGUGGAGGAAAAGCCUUUCAAGAGAAUCACAAAACGCGUCUCCGCGGUCUCGUCAUUAAUAUCAAAACUCCCCGACAACGAAGCACCAUCGGAUGGCACCUUACGGAGCACGGAGCAGCUCCAGGAGGACCUGACCCUCGACUUCGCCGCCUUCGACAGCAGCAUCGCGCGGCUGCAGUUCCUCCACGACGCCAACGCGCGCGAGCGCGCCCGCUACGACGGCGACAAGCAGCGGAUCCUCGACGAGUGCCAGGCGGUGCGCGACCGCAACGGGCAGCUGCGGGAGCAGCUCGAGGGCGCGCGGGCGACGCUCGCGCAGCGCAAGAAGUUUGACGAGCUGGCCGACAAGAUCACGUCGAACCGGCUGCUGCGGCCGCGCGAGGACCAGCUGGCGAACCUGGCCAAGCUGGAGGAGGAGUGCCGCGAGCUGGAGCGCGAGAGCGAGACGUACACGGAGACGUGGCGCGAGCGCCGCGACCAGUUCAACCGCAUCAUGGACGAGGGUAUGCUGCUGAGGCGGCAGAUCCGCGAUGAGAAGGAGGAGGUCGACCGGCGCGAGGGCAUGAACGAGGGCACCGAGGACGACGGGGCGCUGCCGGCGCCGACGCCGCGGCCGGAGAUGCAGGGCAGCGCCACGCCGCGGCCGGACGGCGCGGAUGCCGGUCUGCAAAAGGAGGAGGAGGAGGGCGGCGCUGCGGUCACGCCUGCGGGUGAUCAUCUGCAGGUCCCGGGUGUGUCGAGCGGCCGGGCAUCGAAGGCUGCCAGCGCAGCCGGCAGCGUGGCGGCCACGCCAAAGCCGGAGCAAGAAGAGAUGGACCACGAGGACGACAACGGGGAAGAGGACGGAGAGGUGUCUGGCAACGAGAUGGAUACGGAUGAGGCCCAUGAAGCUAGCAGCUCCUCAGAGCCAGAAACCGAAAAGAUGGAGGUCGACGACUAG